UUGAGUAGUUUACGCUGAGUUGACACUUUGCAUCUGUACUGAUCACCAACAAGUAAACCAUGCAAUUGACUAUAAUGACACGAUCUCCCUGUCAUGCGUUACAUCUAAUCUCACCCUAUACAGGUGCGCUAGAUUAGUUUCAGAGCUGUUCUCUUCCGUGUAUCAGCAGUUCUUAUCCAAGAUGAGUCUUUAAGGAGGUUAUCGGUGAAACAGAUAUUCAAUGAAUUGUCUAUGUUAAGCAAGGGCAGACGAUGCUGAGUAAUCGAAAUAUGACAGGAGAGCUUUUAGGUGUCAGUGGCCCAUAAAUUUUAAGUGAAGACAUGUUCAGUAGUCAAAGAAAGGUGUUUUGAUAUUGUGAUUGAUCUUACCUUUAUGGACAACCAGUGUGUUCAACUUGAACCCUAAGGAAGGACACUGGUACUUUCAAAUUCUGAACCACGUAGUGCUGACAAGAAUGGGUCAAAAUACAAGUGUUCCAUCUGGAUCACAUUUGGGACGAAGGAGAUCUUUUCGUAAUUCCUGGCGCUCUCCCUUUCCUCGGCGAUCCCACACGCACAAGAGCUCUUUAAGUGCUGCUGUCAAUUUCAUAGAUGUUGAUCCCAAGCAUAUAGAACUAUUAAAUGUAAACACAGCCAGUGAAGAAGAGUUAAUGACGUUGCCAGGGAUUACAAGGCACAUUGCUCGAAGCAUUGUGGAAUAUCGUCAAGCUAUUGGAAGGUUUAAGAAAGUUGAAGAUCUUGCUCUAGUGUCUGGUGUAGGAGCAGAGAAACUGGAUUUGAUUCGCCCAGAGAUAUGUGUUAGGAGCAAAAAUGCAAGUUGUGCAUCAUCUCGAGCACAGUCCUUUGACAGUAUAGCAAGUUCAGAGUUUUCUCAGGCUGGAUCUACAAGCCGCACUGUAGAUGUGAACUCUGCAACAGUUUUUGAGCUGAUGACUGUAAAUGGCCUUAACCAAGAACUUGCAGCUAACAUAGUUGAACACAGAUUAAGGAGAGGGCCAUUUAGAACAUUAGAGGAUCUGGCAAAGGUGAAAGGAAUAUCACACUUAAGACUUGGAGCCAUACGUUCACAGAUAACAAUGAACCUGCCAGAAAAUUUGCCAGUAAGGAAUGGUUACGUGCCACACAUGAUACAGGAGAAUUCCACUUCGUCUCUUGAAGGUCACAAAAGAAAACCGCAAACAUCACUAAAAUAUGGCACUUCAAAUGGAUUUCUGGCUAUUGGAGAUAUUUUUGAGAUGCUUUCAGCAUCAACUCCACGACCUAUAGUUGAAGAAGAUUUCCAGUAUGAACGUAAUGGUAAACCAGCAAUAAGAAUAGCAUCAUGGAAUCUUCAGUGUCUCACAGUGGAAAAAAUAGAGAAUCCUGGAGUGAAAGAGAUAUUUUGCCGAACGAUACUGGAAAACAAGUUUUCUGUGAUAGCUGUUCAGGAAGUUAUGGACAGUUUUACUUUAAAAAAGAUAUGUGAAGAACUUAACAGUCCAACACUGCGUAAAGUUGCAGAAUGGAAGGAUAAUUCAAAAAACUGGAAGUGCUGCACCUGUGAGAAAACAGUUGAAAAUUUCAAGGGUUCAGCUGGCCUUGGAUUUAUUUAUGACUGCAGGAAUGACCUGCAGAUUCUGCAAGUAAAGGAAGUUGAACUAAGUGAAGCCUGCCCUAAGUUGGCACGCAGUAUUGGAGUCCUGCUAAUGAAAUUCAAGGUUACUGAUACUGUAGUAUCAUUACUUAAUAUGUAUGUAAAAGACAGCAAUGAAGAUUCCUUCUCCAGUAUAGAGCAGAUGACACAUGAUAACUUCCAAGAAGAUGAGUUACUAAUAAUAUUAGGAGAUUUCACUGGCCUUAAGAAAAACAAAGAGAUGGAUGAUAGUCUGAAAGUACAUUACAGGACGAUAAUUCCUACCACAAUUUCUACAAAUGCUAAUGAGAAUCCAGUGGUAAAAUAUGCAGAUAACAUCCUUCUUAACAAAAAUGCACAAUCACUGUUUACAGGUGUUUGGGGUAUUGUGAGGCAAGGUCUGUCACAUCUCGCUAUUCCUAAAGGAUGGCUGUGGGGUGGCUGUGCCACAGAACAUUGCCCGGUGUGGUGUGAACUUUUCACAGGCACUACUGUGCAGCACAGCUGAGUUGUAACACAUCACAUUCUCCUGAAGUAAACAGAGAUAUCAUAUUGAUAGUUAAUAAUAUUUAUCAUAUGUUUUUCUCUCAAAUAGUUUAUGUUCGUAAUAUUUAAUUUCAUCAUUCCACACACAAUUAGUGCCACAAAUUAUAUAUGUAUUUUCUAGUUAUUAGAAAUACUAAAUAUGUAGCAGACAAUAGUUGUGCAAGGCUCACCACAGAUGAAGCAAAUAACAAAGUAGUUUUGUGUUGCACUUGAGGGAAAAUGCACAGAAAAAUAAUUUAAGAUGCAGGAAUUUUGUGAUUUGCAUUGCUGAUCUUACUUAUUGCAUUGUUGAUUUAUUGUAUAAUAUUUAUUGUGGAAUUUGUGUGUGUGUGUGUGUGUGUGUGUGUGUGUGUGUGUGUGUGUGUGUGUGUGUGUGUGUACGUACGUACGUACGUACGUACGUGUACGCAUGCGCGGUUGUGCCCACAUGUGCAUGCCUACACACGAGCACGCAUUGGUGUGUGUGUGUGUGUGUGUGUGUGUGUGUGUGUGUGUGUGUGAGAGAGAGAGAGAGACAGAGAGAGAUUGAUUUUCUCUCCUGCUUGUUUUAAGUGUGUGUGGUAUCAGAUUGUUCUUGCCUUUGUAAGUUUCACAGUAUUAUAAGUCUUCCCAUAAUUGUCUAACAGAAAUAUAUUUUAUACUCGUGUAUUGUUCUGUCUGGAAGAUAAAGUAUCGAGAAGUAGAUGUAAAGAUGCCAUUAUCUGUGAUAGAUUUUGUAACACAGUGUAAUGGUUCAUAGACUGAAAUAACUCCAAACUUCACAUCACAUUUAAUAUGCAUAUAUAAUCAUUCAAUCUCAUAUAAUUUACCAGAUUUUAUUUCAAUUAAGAAGGGAGAAGUCAUACCUCGAUCUACUGAUAUUUAUAAUACUAUUUUAUUGUAGGUGACAGUCUUCAGUUAACUCUAUGAUGCAAAAUAUUUGCUUUGGAAAGCAUCAUGACUUUUAAAUUGUUAAGACAUUUUAGAUUUCACUGACAGGUGCUCUUACACCAAUCAAAAAGUCUUCCUGUUGUGCGUAAUUUGUCAUGCUUUGUGAUAUUGUAGUUGAAUUAAUGAUUUGUAGUUUUAAUUUAUAUACUGUAUUCAUAGAAUAUGUAGUGCAAAACCAGAAACAAUCAAGCAUAUUUUAAAUUUUGAUGCUGAGAAACAUUUAUUUCACUAUGUAAUGUGACACAGUGGUUGAGAACCAGAAUUUUGCUCUUGAAAGCAAAUGCUAAACUGCCAGUGCAUCCUACUGUCGUCAUUCACUAUAGUUUGUACAGUAAUUGUCUGCGAGGGUAUUCAGCCUGUUCAGACAUGAAAACUAUUAUAUUAUGUGUUGUGAGUCCUUUAUUGAUCAAGGCUUUUACUGUUAAGAAUCUAUAUUGCUGAUGUUGCCAUCAUCUUCAUUGGUCACAUAAUCUUGCUCACUGUGUUUGAAUUACACACACUCAAAAUACUCACACACUUAUAUGGAAAAUAAUUAAUUACAGGCAGCUGCAAGGGGGGACUUUGGGAAUUUCUGAUCAUUCUCUUGAAUUUCAUAGUAAGUGGUGUACCAACGAUUUUUCCAGCUUUGUUUUUCUUCCAUCAUCUCUCUUAUUUCUGGCAUGUCACUCUGGGAGAACUCCAGCUUAACAUUAUGUGUAAUGCAGUCUACGUACUUGUACAUAACAACACCACAGUCACUUUUGUUGCUUUGCACUGGGAUAUGCUUCACACGCCAGAUCUCCCAUAUGUCUUCACUAAGUGGUUCAGUUGGUCUCUGUGCAGCUUCUUGGUACAAGUAAUUCUAUUUAGUUAAUUAACUUGACUCAUUCUCUUAUCCCAUAUUGUCAUAAUACAGGAAUGCCUGCUUUUGGAAAUAGACAGCUGCCACACAUCAGUCAGUUCCCAGAUGAACAGGAAAAACAAAAUGUCAAGUUUGAAUACAUCUGUCUGGUCAAUUUUUUCAUGCUCUGAUAACCACACUUAAUAAUAUUUGGGAAGAAAUGUGUUGUAUGCAUACCUUUCUGGUUCUCUGUUCUGUCUCCCUGUUUGAUUUACAAGUUUCAUGUAUAAAUUCACAGAUUUGAUUGUUGAGUUAGUUUGUCCCAAAUAAAAUAACUAAAUCAGAAAGAAUCAUCAGCGAGCGAAACCCUUCACCCACCAUCUCCAUCUUAGUGUCCUUGCGUUAGUCGUCAUAACCCUCUGACUCGCCAGAUAAGUGAGAUGUAUUUCAGCAAUUUUAGCAGUCAUCACAUCAUACUCUUGUGGAAUAUCUUCAGGAAAACUGUUAGAUACUAUCCUUUGAUAGUGACUUCCAACUGUAUUUCAUUGAAUAAAUGUAGUAAUGUGACCUUCUCCAUACUGCUUUUUUAGAGUCUCAUUUCUCUUAUCCUUUCAGCCUCCAAAUAUUCAAUAUUUUUGGGGUGUAUAGGUUUCGCCUGACCAGUUUUCCUCCCACCGAACUACUUGCAUCAUUCUCCUUCAACACGCUGAAAACAUAAGUUUUUUUGGAAACAUGCUGUAGCUUUUAAAUAAGAUUAUGUUUUCUACGUGUCUAAGAAGAAUGAUAUAUGUAGUGCAGAUGGAGUACAGUUGCUACUGUGGUACGUAGAUAAGAGGGUUCAGAAAUAUAAACAUUUUAAUUUUUUUAUUUUGUAAAGCUGACGUAGACGGUAAUGUCUAGUGAAACAACACGUGGGACAAAUGAAACUAACAGUACAUGAUCAUUUUUCUUUUCUUUUACAUUAGUUACUCAAAAAGAAAAAUCAAUUAACAAGAUUAAGAGGUUAUAAAAAUAUUAAAUGCAGCAGUUGCAGUUUAGGGUUUAUAGUCUGGAGACACUUACAUUCUUGAAGACUAUUAGUUAUAAUCAAAGUUAAAAGCAGUUUGCAAUGUAGUUUACUCCUAUUUGUGAAAGGAAACUGAAGACUUGUAUUCCUUUAUCAUGCCAUAUCUGAUUGUUAAAGUUAGUAGCUAGAGUUUACAACUGAUUUUUUUUAUAUGAAAUGCUCAUUGCUAUUCUGUCAGCUUUACUCCAAAUAACUGGAGGCAGGGGAGAGGGGGAGGGAGGAGAGAGAGAGAGAGAGAGAGAGAGAGAGAGAGAGAGAGAGAGAGAGAGAGAAUGUGCUUGUGUGCUGCAGUGUACAUGGGAGCUCAUGUGUAUCUUAAGCGAGCAUACAUGCAUUCACACGUAGGAGCAUGCACACAUGUGGGAACAUGCAUGUGUAUGUGCUCUGAAGCAGAUGUGCAAAUGCGCAUGCACUUUGUCUUUCUCUCUUGGUAUAGUUUCUCGCGAAGUUAAAUCAUCCUAAUGAACCUAUUACAUGCACAUGCAUUAACACAUGGGAGUGCGCAUGCUCAUCCACAUGUGAGAGCGCACACAUGUUGUCAAGCACACAUUCACGCUCAGAAGAAGAAGAAAAUGCCUUGUCUCAUGCAACGGUUCCCUGCAACUAAUGGAUAAAAAGUUUAGUUCACAGCAAAACAUGAACAGGGUUUUUAAUGAACCAAUUAUUUAUGUUAACCACAAAUGAAAAUUAACUGAUUAAUACUCAAUCUGUGGCCAAUAUUUUCUCAAAUAAAGUUAUGAAAAUUAAAUGUAAAAAUAUUGUUUGAAUGAUCUUAUUGUAAAUGCUUAAAAUUAAGAAUCUUUGUUGGUACGUAAAUACAAUAGGUGCUCAUAAUUCAACAUGUUUUUGCUAUAAGAUCUUUUGAAAACAAUAAUGGCAGCUUCUCUGUAUAGUAGACCUAAUUGUCAGUACAAAAGCUUUUUGUAAAAAAAGAUGGUGGCAUUGACUAGAGUAAUAAAGAGAAAGAGAGAUGGGAAAGAAAAUCAGUAUAUAACAAUUAACACAUACCAUAAGUAUGUAAAUACAAGGAGACCUUGCCAAAGAAAAAAAAAAUGAUAUUACGGCAUAAGCAAAAAAUUACAAGUCCUAGUUUCUCUUUGGAGAUACAUACAACAGUUUACUUCGGUACAUUUAGUAAAAGAAGUGUCAACAUACUGUUGUAUUUUUAAGAGUGGAGCUGUAGGAUAUGACUAAAAAGACAAUAUAAUUUACUUUCAAACCAACACUCAUGUCACGAACUGUCCCCCCUUCUUCAGAAAAAUGUUGUUAACUUUUAGCUACAGUUGGUUUCAGUGAAUCUGUCAUGCUUUGUAAAAUACUUUCUGACUGACUAGCAUUUGGUUUUGGUUACUAAAGAUUAGUAAGCACCACAUGGGUAGAUGGCAGGAACAAGUGGGCUGUGAGUAAUCCAAGAAUUGUGUUGUUAAAAAUGUGUUCAGGUCAAUAAUAUGAGGACAAUGUUGCUUUAAGUUUGUGUUCAAGAUAUGGGCUGUGCACUUGUAUACAUAGUUUACAAUCAUGAAUUAUAUCAAAGAGAAGAUUUCUCUGGAUUGUUAGUACAGGGCUACUACAAAUGAUUCACUCAUUGUCAUAGCUCUUUAUUUUCCAAAGUAUUACAUGUACAAAUAUGAUUGGUGCAUUAAUAGAACCAUAAACCCUAUACAGCUUCAUCUGCAACACUGCACAGAAAACAUUAACAUUCGGUAAAUCUGUUUCAUUUACCACAGUUUCAUGAGGAUUUUCAGUGCCCCAUAGUCACAUAUUGUGGCGAUUAACAUUUCCAUAUAAAUGCAAGGUUGCUCUAUUGCUGAAUAUCACCUUGAAGGCAAAAUGUUUAUCCUCUUACUUUGUCACCGUUUUGUCAAGGCAUUGCACUCAUAACAUCAACUACUGGGUACAAUGCAAACUUUGAGAGUUUACAGUUCUACUUGAGCAUCAGUCAUGACUGUAAAUAUAAUAUUUUGAAAAAUAUAGAACUUUUAAAGCAAAUGGAUUAUUUAUAGUAACCCAGUACGUAUGCACAGGUGUCUGUGCUGUUUGUUCACGAAACCGACUCACUUUAAUUAAGUUUUAGGCAUUCCAGACAUGCAUACAUAAACACUCAGCUGAAACAAUGUGUUGAAUUGUGUUAGAAAUAGGCUACUCUUUUUACAGUGGAAAUGUUUGGAAUGUUAGAAAUAAGAACUGUUGCUUAUUAUUGUUGCUGUUGUUACUAUUUUUUAAAGUGACUUAGUAUGGAACAGUUAUAAUUAUUUUAAAUUCCAACACUGCAUGCAGUCAGCUUUUUAACUGUUAUUUGUUAAAUGUAAAUUGAAUUAAUAACAGAAUACUACAGUUUGUUCAUA